GGGCCCACCACUGACACCGACUCAGUGCCUCUCCCAUGCCGAUAUAUGAUUCUUGGACAGCGUAUCGGCGUGAGCGCUUUUGUCCCUCCUCCCCCUCUCUUCCGGCACUCGAGGGAUUUCUCUCCGGUCUCGGCUUCAAUUUUUCGAAUCCCCGCCGGAUUCGAACCUCAUCUCGCACGAUGAAGAAAGGAUCCAAGCGCCCUGCCCUCUUCGACUCCGCCCCCAACUCCUCCGACGCCGCGCUACCAAGUAAAAGAGUAAUGGACGCACCCUCUUUUGAUGUUCACAGGGUGGAGUCUUCCCAUCAGCAUCUGAUGGCAGGACCACCAUUAGAUAUUCAACGGGCACUAUCAGCUAGCCAGCAUGUGAGGGCUCUCAAUACCCAGUUUGCCAGCUGGAUACAAUUACAGUUGCAAAAUCAUCCAGAUGAGCUUUGGGAAGAUGGUGUUAGGGACUAUUUAUCUCAUGCAUCACACAUCAUGGAGAAGUUUAAGGAUGUCGUGGAUUGGCUUAGGGCAAGUGCUGCAAAAUCAGGAAGUACAUCAACUGCAGUUUUUUCUAGUGAUCAGAAAUACUCAGCAGCGGUACCAGAGAAUGAUAAACCUAAUUUACACCAUGAUAAGUACAAUGGGUUUGCAAAACAAGAUUCAUCAGCUAGCUUUUCAAGUUUGCAGAAUUCGAGUUUGCACAGUUCGGGUCUAUUAUCUUUUAGUCAAUUGCCAGGUUCUACGUGUUCUCCAAGUAAUCAAAAGAACUUGGUGGUUGUAUCAGAGAACAGUAAACCCACAGUAUGCCCUGACAUAAACAAUGGGAUCACGAAACAGGCUGCAAUAACGAGCUUUUCAAGCUUUCAGAACUCAGGUUCACAAAGCUCUGGUCUAUUUUCUUUUACUCAAGCAUCAACUUUUCCUGGAAAUCAAAGUUCUUCUGCUUCCCCAAAAGUAGAAGCUUCAGGUGAUAUAGAUGAAGAAAAUGAUCUGGAGCAGCCAAGCAGUCCGUCCUUGAAAAAAACUGAAGAGAAGGGAGUUGUUGUCGUCCAUGAAGCCAAAUGCAAGGUUUAUGUAAAGCCGGACAAUCCUGCAGAGAAGGGUUGGAAAGAUAUGGGUGUGGGCCAGCUAUCAAUCAAAUGCAGGGAAGGUGCCAAGAAAGCGACAAAAGAAUCAAAGCCUACAAUUGUAAUUCGAAAUGAUGUUGGUAAAAUCUUGCUUAAUGCUUUGAUAUAUCCAGGCAUAAAGAUGAACAUUCAAAAGAACAGCAUUGCCUCCAUAUUUCAUACCUCGGGUGCUGGGCAGCCAAACUGUAAUGAAGCUGGCAAUAUCGAUGUCGUGGCCCGUACAUACUUACUGAGAAUGAAGAAUGAGGAAGAAACCACAAAGCUGGCUGCAGCAAUCAAAGAUUAUGCCCCAUCUGUUUGAGUAUGUCCGACUGAAUUACAUUAUUGAAUUUUGCUAUAAUUGGUGUAAUGUUGUCAUCCUAAAUCUUAAUUUUGGAGUCAAUCCUUAAACUGGUUGGCCAUAUAUUGUUCUUCCAACAAAUUUUGGGAUAUAUCCAAGACAAUUCAGAAGUGUUCUGUUAAAAGCUUUGAAUUAUUCAAAGAAAUGAUUUUAUUCCAUCAAACAGAUGUUGCU